AUGAGUGAUGAAGAAGGCGCACGUCUUUAUACGCUCCUUGUCGAGCAUAAGCUCCUAACGCACCAGGGGCGAGGAGGUCCUGUAAAUCAGGUGGCAGACCUUCCAAAGUCAAUCACGGAGGAAAAUAGAUUAAGUAAUUCACAGAAGAGACUCCUAGAGGAGACGGUGCAGUCGUUUAUUAGUCGCGUGGAACAGCAGACUGAAAGUGAAGCAAUUUUAAAUAUUCCCGGAUUUCAGGGAAAUGAAACUCAAAAGGAGGAGUUCGUGCUGAGGAUCGUCGAGUACGCAAAGAAACGGAAUGGCUAUAACGGAAAGUUAGACCACGUUGAAACAGCGCUGAAGGGCAAUAAAUCACGUGAAGAAAAAAGCCAAAGUGAAGAAGAGAGGGAAAGGGAACAGGGAGACGCGGAGGAAAGGGGAGAUGAGGAGGAAAGGGGAGACGAGGAGGAAAGGGGAGAAGAGGAGAAAAGGGGUGAAGAGGAGAAAAGGGGUGAAGAGGAUGAAAGGGGAGAAGAGGGGGAAGAGGUGACAACUGGAGGAGGAAGAACCGGCCGGAGCAAAAAUGAGCCUGAUAAGAUGUCUAAAGGAGACGUCACUGUGAUCCACAGCGGCCGCAAGAAGAGGCUAUACUCGCACAGAAACGAAGAUGCAAGGACCAGCUGGCCACACAAAAUGGUGUUAGACCAAGAUGUGGGAAUCCUUCUUCUCUUUGAAAAGGAAACUGAUAUUACAAGGAAUGGAAAGUGUGACAGUGAUGGGCUUUACAAGCGGGAGCUGUGGACCGAAGGACAAGUUAAUAGUGCUAGUUCCAUCAUGCUGAAGGAAUGGAAGGCCUGUCGAGCAGUCUUGGGGGGCGACGAAAUUUCUAAAGAAAACGGUGCUUUGAUAGAGCCGCCCUUCAGGAGAGAAGCACGACUGGUAUUUAAAACAUCUUCUCGGAAAUACUCUCCGAAGACGCAUGGAAAUAUCAAGGAGAUCCUCUGGUUGGCAAUGAAAGAUUACAAGAACACGGUCAAAGACUCAAAAGAACCUCUGAUGGAGUUCUGCGUCAUUUUCGAAAAAGCUAAAUAUCCGAAAAUGGUCAGAAAGAGCGAUCUUCUCAUGUUCGUUGAGAAGAAAGUGUUUUCUUCAGUCUUAGAAAAGUUGAUAGCAAGAGAUAAUUUGGGAUCCCUUCAAGAGCAUACUCCAUUACAGCGUACCCACUAUGACCCGCGAUCUCGCUACUUCGAUCCGCUUUCUCAUGGGCGGUACGCUCUGAGAGAUGGCGCUGCUCAGUACGGAAAAUCCCAAGGAUUCAAAUCAAGAUCAACUGAGGACGACGAUCUGGAAAAUCUUGUGAGGGCUUUAGAGGAAAGAUUGCGGAUAAAUGAGCAGAAGCCUUGA